UGAUAGUUUUGGGUUGUAACGUUUUGGACAAGGAGAAAGGCAAGAUUGAAUCUGGUGAGGUUCUUCGCCUUGCAAGUGAAAUACGUGGAGAAGUUCACGUCCAUGACGAGGUUUUGCACGCUAUAACUCUGCAGCUACCUGAGUUAUCGUUUAAGGUGGAAAACCUGAGGGAGUUACUAGGAAUGUCCGUCUCGAGAGACCGUGGAGCACUCAAGGACGAAGCUGAGAUGCAGAAGGCAAGGAGGAUGAAAAUACCAAUAGUUAGAGAGGACUAUUUGGUUGACUGUAUGGAAAGAAAGAAGAAGCUUCCAUUUGAUAGGUACAAAGUUGAAAUGAUUGGUGAGACUUCUAGCAUGGUCACCGUCAAAGUGAAGGGGCAAAGUGCUGUUCACGAUGCUUCUGGCCUGCAGGAUUCUGGCCACAUACUGGAGGAUGGGAAAAGUAUAUAUAAUACAACUUUGAAUAUGUCUGAUUUGUCUACUGGUAUUAACAGUUACUACAUCCUUCAAAUAAUUGAGGAAGAUAAGGGGUCAGAUUGCUAUGUGUUUCGUAAAUGGGGUCAAGUGGGAAGUGACAAGAUUGGAGGGUCCAAACUUGAAGACAUGUCGAAAUCUGAGUAUACUGUUCGCGUUGUUGAUGUGUUUACUAUGCCGUAGAGUGGGACUGGUGUUAGUGUCGAAGUUGUUGAUCAUGUUAUUCAAACUAAUAUGCUUGAUAUGUUGAAACAAACUGAAAGGUAUUUUUGCAAUCAAGUUAUUGUUUUGAGUGAAGCAUUAUCUUCAAUUCUACUAUGUGAUUCAAAUAAAAGAGAUUGAUUGAACCCAGAAUUAUAAAAUAAAUUGA